AUGGCCUAUUUUGUACCUUGGUCGCGAAGGAGAAAAUCUGUGUUAACACUCAAAGCAGCGAUCCACAUUUCCUGUAUCAAAAUCAUAAUUAAAGACCUUACUGGAACUGAUGUUCUGCUGGACUUCAAAAGUCCAAAUGGAAAGGAAGAAGACAAAUACAAGUACCAUGUUUUACGUCGUUCAAUCGCACUUGUAACUAUGAAUUUAAUUACUUUGUGGCGUAACAUAUUUGAAAUGUAUUCGUUUGUACAUGUGUCUGUGUGUGUACGUAUAUGCGUGCUCCAUGGACUUUGCCAAGGAGAAUGCGGUAUUGCACGAAGAAGACCUAAAAGAAUAAUCGGUGGACAAGACGCAGCAAUAGGAGAGUGGCCCUGGAUGGCUGUGCUAUAUCACACGAGAAAUCGCGUGCAUUUCUGUGGAGGAGCUCUGAUAUCAACAAAUUGGGUUGUGACAGCUGCGACCUGUAUUAAUGUCUCACGUGUCAACGAAAGUACGCUAACGGUUUACCUCGGAAAACACGAUUUAGAUAUAGUUAAAAGUGGGAUUAAUGUGGACGAAAUUAUUGUGCAUCCUGAUUAUAAUCUAGCGUUUGAUGCAGAUAUUGCUCUUAUUCGAUUGACAGAACAUGUUGUUUUCACAGAAAAGAUCAAGCCAGUGUGCCUGCCAUCAGUUGAAAAAGCUGAACAGUUGCUUCAACCAAACACAUAUGGUACUGUGUUAGGAUGGGGUGACACUGGGGAACAGAGACAAUUCGACACACGUAAUAUACUACAGGAG